UUUUUUUUCAUCUAACGUGUUUAGUGUGUUGAGGAGCUUAUCUAUUUGUUUUUGUUUUGGCACUACUGAAGAGAAGCUAUAGGGUUUGGACUUAUGCAGUUGGUCAUGAGUAUAAAGAAACAAAAGUUUUCUUCAAGUGGGGUUUGAGCAACUAGGAGUAGUGGGAAGCAAGAAAGUAAGAGAGAGGCAAAUGUAGUAAAAGGGUUACAUGCUUUUUCUUGUCACUUCUAAUUUGAGAUCCAGGUUGUUACUGAGCUUAAAUGUUAUGAGUCUUAAGCUAGAAAGUAGAGGAAAAUACCUAGAAGCUGUGGUUCCCUUUCCAAUAGCAAUUCUCAGUGAUUUUUAUUUCUGGAAUUUCUUUUAGUCUUUGAUAAUUUGAGGACAGAAAAAGUGAAGGAAAAGAAAAAGACUUUAGUUUGAGGUUAAUGGGUACCCAUCAAUCAAUCAAGCAGGAAUUGAUAAACAAAUAUGAUCUUUACAAGCACGGUUAUUCUUUCUUGUUUUCAGUAAUAUUCUUCAGCUGCUGUUGCUGUUAUCUUUAUUUUCUGGCCACAGCCCACAAGCAUAGAUUCUCUCUAUGUGCGAGUCCUCUGUCCUUGCUGUGUGCCUUAGAAAUGGAUGAAUGUGCUUUACACUGCUUGGAUUCUCUUUGCCCAUAAAAGGUUUUCUGCUUUUGUCUGUCUAUGCCUCUCCUUUUCAUUGAUGCUUUCUUAGGCGGUUCUACGCACACUCUAUUGCUGGUGUGGUGUGAACACUACACGUACACAAGGAAACACACAUACACAUUUUAUUCCAACUCCACCUCACCCUUCUGGGUAUAAAGAGGCAUCACCAUUCUGCAUUCUUCAUUGCAUAACCUCUUCAUACUCCCUUCACACACUUCAACAGGUGGGAGUGCUGACAACAGUUUCUCACAGCAAGAUGAGCUAUGGACAUUAUCAUAUGGGCUCUGGUAGUAGAACUGGUCGGAGAAGUUUGGAGUUUGGGAAGACACAUGUGGUGAGGCCAAAAGGAAAACACCAAGCCACUAUAGUUUGGCUGCAUGGUCUUGGUGACAAUGGUUUAAGCUCAUAUCAGCUGCUGGAAUCUCUUCCACUUCCAAAUAUAAAAUGGAUUUGCCCAACUGCUCCUAUCCGCCCUGUAACAAUACUUGGUGGUUUUUCCUGCACUGCAUGGUUUGACAUGGGAGAACUUUCAGAAGACGGUCCAGAUGAUUGGGAGAGUUUAGAUGCCUCAGCAGCACACAUUGCCAACUUGUUAUUAACAGAGCCAGCUGAUGUGAAAGUUGGAAUUGGAGGCUUCAGUAUGGGUGCUGCAGUAGCUCAAUACUCUGCAACUUGUUUUGCCAUGGGAAGGUAUGGAAAUGGCAUCCCGUAUCCAGUGAACCUAAGAGCAGUUGUUGGACUAAGUGGCUGGCUUCCAGGAUCAAUGAGCUUAAGGAACAAAAUCGAAGUGUCACAUGAAGCUAGAAGGAGAGCUGCUUCAUUACCUCUUUUGUUGGGCCAUGGAAUCUGUGAUGAUGUAGUCCUCUACAAAUACGGAGAGAAAUCAGCUCAAUCCUUAAGUUCAGCAGGCUUUCGAUACAUUACAUUCAAAUCCUAUGAUGGGCUUGGUCACUAUACUGUUCCAAGGGAGAUGGAUGAGGUCUCCAAUUGGCUUAACUCAAGGCUGGGGCUUGGGGGAUCAUCAUGAAUAACAUAACAUAACGAGUGGCUAUAUCACCAAAUGGUUUUCCAGUAUAUAUAAUAUGGUAUUGGUAUAGGAGGAAUAGUCUUCUGCGUUCCUUUAGUUAUGUUGCUGAGAAAUAAAGAUCUGAAUGUGUUUGCCAAGCAGUAAUCUCCCUUUCACAUUAUCAUAGUACCUAGAGAAAGGGUCAGUUGUACUGUUGGAAAGAUUUUGUUUCAAUUAUUGUAAUAUAGGGUACUUAGUUGUGUUAUUUAUAUAUUUCAGAGUGUUUUUUUCUUCUUUUUGGUGGGGUGGGGGUUAGUGUAAAAUGCUUGCAUGGACUUUUGGAGCUAUAAAAUCCUGUAAACUACUUAGUAUGA